GGCGGGGCCGGGCGAGGUUCGGCGGAGCUCGGUGCUGAGCGCGCGACCUCCGGCCUGAGGCCGCUGCUGAGCAUGCGCAACCCAGGCGGCGCCGGCCGGGGUCCGCGGCCACCGGAGGGAUCGAGAAAGAGGAAGUGGGUCGUUUCGGUUCUGUGACCGUAGUCACCGCUGUCAGGGAGCGCGGGUGAGCGGCAGUUCACUGCCCCCUUCCCAGAAGAGCCAGAAAUGACCAAGUCCCUGGGAUCUGUGUCGUUCAAGGAUGUCACUGUUGACUUCAGCAGAGAGGAGUGGCAGCAGUUGGACCUCGCUCAGAAAAGCCUGUACAGGGAUGUGACGCUGGAGAACUAUUUCAACUUGCUCUCAGUGGGGUGUCAAGUUCCCAAACCAGAAAUCGUUUUCCACUUGGAGCACGGAGAAGAGCCGUGUCUGUUGGAUGGUGAAAUCUCAAGUCAGAGCUGUCUAGGUGGGAAUAUUGGCUUCAAAACUUCAUUACAGGGAAUGUCUGAAGAAGUUUCAGUCCAGUUUGAGAGAAUUAAUCUCUUCACAAGAGAUGACCCAUAUUCCAUUUUAGAAGAAUUGUGGCAAGGUGAUGAACAGACAAGGAGAUAUGAGGGAAACCAGAACAAACAUUUAAGUCAUGUCACCUUCAUCAACAAGGAAACACUAACUAAUGGGAGGGACUGUGAGUAUAAGGACCUUGGGAAAAUAGUUCCUGUAAACACACACCUUGCUCCUUCAAGAAAAAGACUCUGUAGCCAUGACUCUUUUGGAAAGAGUUUGAAGCCUAUUGUAAGCUCAUGUAAUUAUAAUGAAAACAAUGCGACAGAAAAUCUUGAUGAGAUUGUGGGAUAUAGUAAUAUUUUCACUCAUAUGAAUUCUCAUACAGAAAUGAAUGCUUGUGAAUGUAAUCAAUGUAAGAAACUUCUGAGUCAUAAGCAGGCUCUCAUUCAACAUCAAAAAGUUCAUACUGGGGAGAACCUCUAUUUAUUUUCUGAUUGUAUAAAAAUUUUCACCCAGAAGUCACACUUCUUUGCACUUCAAAGUAUUUACACUGAAGAGAAACAGCUUGAUUGCAGCAAAUGUGAGACAGUCUUCACCCAGAAGUCCCAACUUCCUGUACCUCAGAAGGUUUAUACAGGAGAGAAACCCUAUAUAUGCGCUAAAUAUGAGAAGGACUUUUCCCUCAGGUCAAACCGUGAGAAAACUCAUACUGAGGAGAAUCACUAUAAAUGCAAUAAAUAUGGAAAAGGUUUUAUCCAGAAGUCAGAUCUGUUUAGCUACCAGGGAAUUCAUACUGGAGAAAAACCCUAUGAAUACAGUGAAUGUGGGGAAAACAUCUCACAGAAUUCAAACCUCAAUGUACAUAAAAAAAAAAUUCAUACUGGAGAGAAGCAUUUUGGAUGUACUGAAUGUGGAAAAGCCUUCACAAGGAAAUCAACACUAAUUAUGCAUCAGAAAAUUCAUACAGGAGAAAAACCCUAUGUAUGCACCGAAUGUGGAAAAGCCUUUAUCCGGAAGUCACAUUUUAUUACACAUGAGAGAAUUCAUACUGGAGAGAAACCUUAUGAAUGCAGUGACUGUGGGAAGUGCUUUAUAAAGAAGUCACAACUCCAUGUGCAUCAGCGAAUUCACACAGGAGAGAAUCCUUUCAUAUGUUCAGAAUGUGGCAAGGUCUUCACUCACAAGACGAAUCUCAUUAUACACCAGAAAAUUCAUACUGGAGAGAGACCCUAUAUAUGUACUGAAUGUGGGAAGGCCUUUACUGACAGGUCAAAUCUCAUUAAACACCAAAAAAUCCAUACUGGAGAGAAACCCUAUAAAUGCAGUGACUGUGGAAAAUCAUUCACCUGGAAGUCACGGCUGAGGAUACAUCAAAAAUGUCAUACUGGAGAGAGACAUUAUGAAUGCAGUGAAUGUGGGAAAGCAUUCAUUCAGAAGUCAACACUAAGUAUGCACCAGAGAAUUCAUAGAGGAGAAAAGCCCUAUGUUUGCACUGAAUGUGGGAAGGCCUUCUUCCACAAGUCACAUUUUAUUACACAUGAGAGAAUUCAUACUGGAGAGAAACCUUAUGAAUGCAGUGAUUGUGGGAAAUCCUUCACUAAGAAAUCCCAGCUCCAUGUACAUCAGCAAAUUCACACAGGAGAAAAACCCUACAGAUGUGCUGAAUGUGGAAAGGCUUUCACUGACAGAUCAAAUCUCUUUACACACCAGAAAAUUCAUACUGGAGAGAAACCCUAUAAAUGUAGUGACUGUGGAAAAGCCUUCACUCGGAAGUCAGGCCUCCAUAUACAUCAGCAGUCUCAUACUGGAGAAAGACAUUAUGAGUGCAGUGAAUGUGGGAAAGCCUUUGCAAGAAAAUCAACACUAAUUAUGCAUCAGAGAAUUCAUACAGGGGAGAAACCCUACAUUUGUACUGAAUGUGGAAAGUCCUUCAUCCAGAAAUCACACUUAAAUCGACAUCGGAGAAUUCAUACUGGGGAGAAACCAUAUGAAUGCAGUCACUGUGGGAAGGCCUUCAUUAAGAAGUCACAACUUCAUGAGCAUCAUCGAAUUCACACAGGAGAGAAACCAUAUAUAUGUGCAGAAUGUGGAAAGGCCUUCACCAUCAGAUCAAACCUUAUAAAACACCAGAAAAUUCAUACUAAACAGAAACACUAUAAAUCCACUGACUUUAGGAAAGCUUUAAACUGGAAGCCACAACUCAGUAUACAUCAGAAAUCUGAUACUGGGGAAGCUGAGUGCCCAGUGCCAUGAUCAUGGUAUGGAGAUACAAAGUUUUGAGAGGCUACAGCUUGACCAAGAAGCAGGAGGUAACCAAAGCCAACUUUCCUCUAUCUAGUCAGAAGUAUGAAUACCUGGAUCACACAGCCAAUGUCCAGUUACACAUAUGGAGAGAUACUUUGCAGAGAGUCUUUAAGCACCGUAUGAUGGCCGUGGUUGCUUACUUGACAGAUACUAGGGUCAUCAAGCCCCUGAAAAUAGGAGUAAAUAUGCAAGGAGAUGCCUUGGCAAUCUUUCUGGCUUCAUGUUUUGGAUAAGCAGCUUUAUAAAUUUAGGCCUGUUGAGUUUUUCAUGCCCUGGGUAGCAAAAAUAUUCACUAUUGACCAAAGGAAUUUCUUAAUGAGUAGAGUGCUAAGAAAAUUUUUUGUUGUCUAGGCACCCUAUGGACACUGAAAUCAAGGAAAAAGUAUAGACAAUUCAGGUCUAUAAUGAAGAGAAGCCAGAAGUUUUUGUGAAAAUUGACAUUAAAGACACAAAGAAAGGACUCUUUUUUUUUCUUUUCUUUGGGAAGUCACUAUUAUUUAUUGUUUAUAGUAUUUAUUAGCAUGUGGAAACUUGGAUUAAAAAAUUUUAAAUUUACAGUUUGACUCAGAUUGGCAAAUCAGGUCUGCAGGCUGACCUCAACAUUCACAGACAUCUUUAGGUAACCAGUAUGUUCCUUCUUUUAUUAAUUCUCUGCCAUGGCAGCAAGUAACUUCCACCCAAGAGGUAGAAAGUGCUCCCAGCCUGUUUCCCAAAAAUGAUCGAUGAUGUAAGGCAGUAGCCCAGUGGACUAGUUGUCACCUUAGAACUGGCCCUGAGAUCCUGGAACUUAGCUACAGAUUACAAAUCUAGAUAUCAGCACUGGAGUCUCGGCCUGGUCCACAGAAACCUAGCUAUUUACUGAUUUCUCUUUGAAAAAGAGACAAGUUAUGAAAAUGGGUUUCAAAACCUAGAAUUCUUUCCUUCCAAUUUUGUUAAUACAUUCUCUUCAUAUUCAUUACGUGGUAGGUUAUUAUGGGACACAGUUGUCUUGCAUUUGAGCUUGUUUUCUUAGAAGACAGUUGCACAUUUGGAAGAGUACCCCUCCCAUGCACUCCCAGUCUGCAAAUUAAUCUUAUUUAAUUGUGUUCUCAAAUCCUCUAUAUUCUUAUGGACUAUUCUGCCUUUUAUUCUAUCAGAUCCUGAAAGAAGUGUGUUAUAAUCUUCCAGGAUAAUUGUGAAUUUGUCUCCUUUAGAUCUACCAAUUUUUGCUUUAUAUAUUUUGAGUCUUUGUUUUUACAUACAUUCAAAUUUAAAAUUUUUAUACUCUUCCUGGUUAAUUGAAACUUAAACAUUAUGAAAUGUCCCUUUUUAUAUCUAGUGAUGCUUUUUGUCUUAAAAUUUACUGUGUCAGCUGUUAAUACAAUAUGCAUACUUUACUUACUAAAGGCUAAUAUAAAUUAGUACUCACCCCACUUCCUGGACAAGCUGAGGAGUUACAGCAUUGUCUGUUUAUUUACUUCUGGACGUGUAUGGUAUUGAUGCCGUGCAUUUGAAUUCUGUGUGUAGUCAAUGUGGCCAUUGUUUCAGUCAAUUUUUAUUUAGAUUAGUCCACACAUUUAUGCUUUUCAUUGCUUUUUUAUUCCUUCUUGUCCUUUAGGUUUCCCUCUAGAAUCAUUUUCCUUCUGACUGAAGAACCUUUGAGUAUUUCUUUUAGUAUGUUUUUGCUAGUGACAAAUUCUGGUUUUUUUUAAUUUGUUGGAAAAUGUCUUUAUUUUGCCUUCAUUUUUGAAGGAUAUUUUUACUGAAUAUAGAAUUCUAAGUUGGCAGUUGUUUUCUAUUAGUAUUUUGAAGAUAUUUUGUUAUGGUUUGUCUUCCAUUGUUGUGUUGAAAAGUAAGCUUUCAGUUUAAUUCUCUUUGAAGGUAAUGUGUUUUCCCCUCCCUUCUUUUCUCUCACUCCUUUAAAACUUAUGCCUUUAUCUUAUGCUGGCAGCAGUUGCAGAAUGAUAUGUGUAGGUGUGAUUUUGUAUGUAUAUAGCCUGUUUGGGGUUUGCAGUGUUUUUAAAAAAUCUAUAGCGUAGUGGGUUUUUUUUUUUUUUCACAUUUUGGGAAACUUCUAGCUAUUAUCUAUUCAAAUUAUGGGUCUACUUCAUUAUCUUCCUCUGGUUCUAGAGAAAGCCCCAUUAUCUAGAUCCCCUGGUGACCUUUUUCUAUUGGUAGUUGUUUCUCUUGGGUUUUGGUGAUGUCUUCCCAUUUAUCUGGUGAUUUAAAAUCAAGUAGCAGACACUAUAUAUAAAAAAAAUUGUAGAGAUAAUUAGAUUGCCUGGAUGAUAUCUUCCAGAGAGGAUUUACCUUUCCUUCUAACAGGUGACUAGGCCAGGAACACUGGCAAUCCCUGAUUACCAGUCCCUGUGAAGGUCUGUCUAUAUUUUUUCACUCUUAUUCCUAGAGGAUACCCUUAAGACUUAGGACUUUGGGAGACUUAUCAGGCCCCUGCUCCUUGGAAAGACCUUAAUUCUAGUACUUUUCUCUUUAGUCCCAUAAAUUUGUCAAAAACUGUCUUAAGCCUCUCUUGCCCAGUAUUUGCUUUAAGAAUUAACAAACACCUCUUCUUAGUAAAUUGUUCCAAAUUCCAGAGGUUAAGUCUCAUGUCUAAUCUUAUUCCUGCAGUUUCUUACUUCCCUGGUAGUUCUUUAGUGCCAUCCCAAAAUUACAUGUAUUUAGUAGUUUCUUCCACGUUUUUUAGUUCUCAGGUGAGUGCUGGUCUGUACCACCCACCCACUUUGCCAUUAGCAGAAGUUUUCAAAUCAAUGAGAUAUUUAAGAUAUUUAAUAAUUCUUAUUUAAGGAGUAUGGAGUCCAGAAAUACAUACUUUUUAAUUACCAAAACUCUCCAAACUAAAAAAUGAAAAUGCUUUGCAACAAGUUUAUUCCCAGUUUUCGUUGCUAAAAGUUAAAGACAUUUACUCUUUUGUUAAAGACUUUAUAAACUUUGAUACAUAAGAGAAAAUUACAUCUGGUGGUGUCAAAUUUUAUUAUGGUAGCUGCCAGACUUUAACACCUGGAAGAGAUUGACUUAGAGCCUCUCAAAUUUCUUCUUUAAUAGUAUGUUUUUUCCUUUGGAUAAUAAUAGAAAAUUAAGUUAAUGAAGACUAGUUUAAGGACCCAGGAGUUUGAAAGUAAGAAUUUCAAAGAUUAAUUUAGUAGGAUUACUGACGUAGUGAUUCUCAACCUUUUUAUUCUCAGGCACAUUUUAAAAAAUAUAAUUCUGCAUUAUCAAGCCAAAAAAGAAAAAGACAAAAGAGACAUUUUACCUUUUGUCAACACAGUAUUAAUCUCUAGGAGAAAGGCAGACUUUCUUUUGUGGGCCUCAAUGUAUCUUAAGGUGUACCUGGGAAUUGAUUGAGGAGUGGAUGUUGGAAAAUUAUGAGUGGUAUGGAAGAGCUCAACCUUAAUUAUGUUGAACUCUAUGGUCAGUAUAGAUUGGAUGCAUGUGGGGUGUAGACUUUACUUGGGAAAGUGUUGUGAAUUAGCUGUAUCUUUUUAUGACAGUGCUGUAAUACAGUUCAUUUGUACUUAGAGCAAAACUGUUUUAAAAGUUUUACAAUCUAGAGCCAACGCCAAUGGCCUAGUUGUUAGAGUUCAGCGUGCUCCACUCUGGCGGUCCAGGUUUCAUUCCCAGCGCAGAAUCACACCACUCGUCUGUCAGCCAUGCUGUGGUGGCGGCUCACACAGAAGUAGGACUUACAACUAGAAUGUACAACUAUCUACUGGGGCUUUGAGGGGAAGAGAGAGUAUUACAAUCUAAAUUUUUAAAUAAAAAAUGCACUUUAAAUUUUUCAAAAAGGAAUUUCAUUCUAAGAAUUCAGUAAAUCGAAGAAAACUUUCACUCAAACCAACAUUUAAUUAUACAUUAGAUAAUUCAUAGGGGAGAGUAAUUUCCUGUCUUAGUAAAUGUAGGUAGGGCUUCAUUCACAAAUCGUGCUCUAUUACAUAGCCUAGAAUUCAUGCUGGAGAGAAAUCUUAUGAAUACUAUAACUGUAGAAAAACAUCCACUGAAGUCAACUCCCUGAACAUCAGCAAAUUCACACAUGAGAGAAAUAACAGGUCAAAUCUUAUACUCCAGGAACUCAUUUUGGAGAUAAAAACCUGUAAAAGAAGUGACUGGAAACCCUUCACCUGGAAGUUACCGGGAACUUUCUGCUAGAAGGAGACAAAAUAAAUGCACUUGAUGUGAGAAUAGCUUCAUUCAGAAAUCAGUUUUCAGUAUUCUUCAGUAUUUAUACAUGAGUGAAAUUGUGUAUUUCCUGAAAGUGAGAAAUUCUCACACAAGUCAGAACCAAUUAUAAAUUACUCAUGUUACAAAGAAGCCCUAUGAUUAUUGUAUAUUGUAUAGUAUAUUUUGAAUGUCAAAAACUCUGUGUCCAUGAGUUACACCUUACUUGACAGAUAAAAAUUGAGAAUAAGUCUUCUAAGAAUACAUCAUUUUCUUAAAAUGUCAUAAAAUUCACUCUGGGAGGGAACUGUAAGUUUGAUACAGUGAGAAAGUCUUCCUGUAGAAGCAAAUUCCACAAGAAAUAUAAUUCAUGUUGUUAUUUGGUUUAAUUGUAUGCCCAUGAGUCUAGAAUCAGUGGGGACAAAUAGACCAGUCCAACAAUUACCUUUCUUUUAAUUAAAUAUAUAUUUAAACAUACACACGUGCAUACACAUAAAACUUUGUUCAGUCAGGCGCUGCAGAACAAUGUUUUGGUCAGUGACUGACUGCAUAUACCAAUGGUGGUCCUGUAUAGCCUAGGUGUGUAGUAGGCUAUACCAUCUAGGUUUGUCUGAGUACACUCUACAAUGUUUGCACAAUCACAAGGACAGAAUCGCCAAAUGACACAUUUCUUGGAAUGUAUCCCCGUCAUUCAGUAAUGCAUGAAUGUAUAAAUGUGACUUUUAUAAUAUAUUUUACCUCUUGAAUUUUGUACUUUCUCCAUUCUCAUAGCACCUCCAGCUAGAGCAACAGUCUGUCAACGGACAAGCAAUGCUAAUCAACUUCAUAUUUUUAUUUUUACUCACAAUCACGUACAGACACAUUAAUAUGUUAUCUGUGUUCACAUAUGACUAUGUUUUUAUGGUCUUAAAAUGAGAUUAUAUACACUUUUUUUGCAUCUUUUGUGCUCAACAAUAACUAGGUGAAAAAGAGUCUAUGGUGUAGACGUGCCAUAAUUUGUUCAAACACUUUGCCAUUGUUCAUUCACAUUUUCUCAGUAGGAAAAAUGGUCUGAUAACCAUCCUCAAGAGGUGGCGUAACGUGAUGGGUUAAUGGACAGACAUGAGUUUCUUUUACCUACUAGAGCCUUUUUUUUUUUUUUUUUUUGCCCCUGUAACGUAAUUCUGGCAGUGAGAUUCAUGGAUUGAGUUGUAUUUUUUUAUUUUCAUGGAAGUUGCCAGAUUUCUUUGAAAUGGGACUGUAGUGUUUCAUCUUUCCAGCAUUAGUGUAUUAGUGUACCCCUGCCUCUCUACUAAAAGUAGCUGUUACUCUUUAACCUUGAGAAGUUUUAUGAUCUCAAACUGAUAACUAAGUUUAUUUUAAUUUACCUGUUAACUUGCCUCUUUAAAUGUUUCUUGGACAUUUGAUUUGCUGUUCUGUAGGUUGCGUUUAUAAACCAUUUAUUCAUACAUUUUUCUUUUUGGAUUGCUUGUCUUGUCAAUUUUUAACAGCUUUAAUAUGUUAAAGGUAGUAACUCCUUUGAAAAAAAAACCAACCAUUGCUUAUUUGUUGACUUUGUGUAUGCUAUUUUUCCGUUUGCAUAAUUUUAUUUUUUACAUGUUUAAAUAUGUCAGUCUAUUCUUUUACAGUUUCUGAAUUUCUAGUCUUAUUUAAGCUUCACAUAAGAUUUUUAAGUGGGGUUUUUUUUUUUAGUAUAUUUUGUAAAUAUUUUGGGAAAUUGAUUCAUUUUUUUCUUGGACGUGGAUAGCCACUUUCACAGUUGUAGAUACUGUUGGUAUGCGAGCACUUCCAGUACUCCUCUCUCACUACUUACUCACUUCAUUAGCGUCUUUUGAAGCUGGUAGUGGUCAAGUGACCUGACUCAGGUCAAGAGAAGCAAAACACUGGUAAAUGUGUUCUGACAAAACCUUUGCUUUCCUAAGAAAAAGGACAGACUUAGCUGCUGCCGUCAAUUUACCCUUCCUCCUGCCUUGUACAUGAUGUCUGGGGGAGUGACAACCUCUCAACCACAGGGGAAAAGUCAAAAGAAUCAGAGACACUGGUCCUGACAGUAUUUAGUCAACACUAGCAGCAGGUUAACUCCAGACUUCUGCUAUGUCAUAAAAAUAAACGUGUUUUGCAUAAGCCAUUCUAUUCUAGGUUUCUCUUGCACCUGAAAGUAUGCCUACUUUUAUUCAGGCAUCAAUAUUUAUAAAGUAAUCCAUCUUUUCUCUAUUAAAAUAAGUAGAAAAGACUUUUUUAAACCCCUGUAAACUAGACACUCCACACAAACCUAAGUAAGGUAGAGAGAGAAUAAAAUCACACAUUUGUAAUAAGUAAAAAGAACCACAGAUACGAGAUCAAUUAAUAGGAUCAGAAGAGAUCAUUACCUAGAGUAAAUGAAUGAUUUUCCAGCAAGAUAUAAUUGAUCAAAAUUUAAAAUGAUGAAAAACUGAAAAAAGUCAAUAACCAUAAAAGACGCUGUAAAUGUUACAGAGCAACCAUUUAAAAUGUACCAGGACCAUAGGAAAAGAUUCCUUAGAUAGGACACAUAAAUAAUGAAGUAUAAAAUUUAAAAAUGAUAAAUUUAACUUCUCAAAAUUAAAAACUCAUUCUUUGAAAGGCAUUGUUAAAAAAAUGAAAAGCGAAGACAGAAUGUGGGAGAAUAUUUCCAAUAGAUAUCUCACAAAAGAUUCGUAUUCUGAAAAUAUAAAGAAAUUUACAACCCAAUUGUAAGAAGGCGAAUAACCCAAUAAAAAAUGGCGACAAAUUCAAACAGACAUCAUGAAAGAAGAUAUGAAAUGGCGACUAAGGACAAGAAAGGAUUUUCAACAUUGGGCCAUCAGGGAACUACAAAUUAAAAUAAUAAUGAGACACAUCUAUACCCUCAUUAAAAUGACUGUAAUUUAAAUGAUUGACAGCACCCAGUGUUGGAAGCUGUGGAGCAACUAGAACUCAUACAUGGUGAGUAGGAAUAUAAAAUGACACAAGCACUUUGGAAAAUAGUUUGGCAAACUUUUAAACAGUUAAACACACAGCUGCCAUACAACCCAGUCAUUCCACUUCCAUUUUUAAUCUAAGAGAAAUGAAAACAUGUCCAUACAAAGACUUGUACAUGAAUGUUGAUAGCAGCUUUAUUCAUAAUAGCCUCAAACUGGAAGCAGUUCGCAUGUCUGUCAUCAAGUGAAUAGAUUACCAAAAUGUGGUAUAUCCAUAAAUGAAUACUACAGUACUAUUCAGCAAUAAAAGGAAUGGACUAGUGACACAUUACAACAUAGAUGAAUUUCAGUCAUUUUAAGUACAAGAAGCAAGACAUGAAAGAGUAUGACAUACUGAAUGAAUGCAUUUAUAUGAAAUUCUAGAAAUGCGAACUAAUAAAUAGUGAAAUGACAAAAAUCAGAUCAGUGGUUACCUGGGGCUAAGGGCAGAGGGAGGGAUGGCCCCAAAGGGGUACAAGAAAUCUUGAGGAUGGUGUUGUGUUGAUUUUUUAUUGUGUUGUAUUUUUAUUGUGUUGAUUUCACAGAUGUGCACAAUUAUCAAAAUGCAUUGAACACAAUGGAUGCAGUUAAUUGUAUGUAAAUUUUAUCAAUAAAGCUGAUUAUAAAAAAUAA